AUGCGCGCCGCUCAGCCGGGUCCGUUACCUGUCAGCGGCGGCGGCGGCGGGAUGGAGGGGCUCAUCGAGCUGGUGAACCGGCUGCAGGACGCCUUCGCGGCGCUGGGGCAGAGCUGCCUGUUGGAGCUGCCGCAGAUCGCUGUGGUGGGCGGGCAGAGCGCCGGCAAGAGCUCGGUGCUGGAGAACUGCGUCUCCAGGGAUUUCCUUCCACGAGGAUCUGGAAUUGUAACAAGGCGACCAUUGGUUCUACAGCUUGUCACUGCCAAAACAGAAUAUGCUGAGUUCCUACACUGCAAAGGGAGGAAGUUUACAGAUUUUGAUGAAGUUCGUCAAGAAAUUGAAGCAGAAACAGACAGAGUGACCGGACUGAAUAAAGGCAUUUCUUCAAUUCCUAUUAAUUUAAGAGUGUAUUCCCCACAUGUGCUAAGCCUGACCCUUGUUGAUUUGCCUGGAAUCACUAAAGUGCCAGUAGGGGAUCAACCUCCAGAUAUAGAGCAACAGAUCAGAGACAUGAUUAUGCAGUUCAUUUCUCGUGAAAACUGUCUGAUCCUGGCGGUGACUCCAGCCAACACUGAUCUUGCCAACUCAGAUGCAUUGAAGUUAGCUAAAGAAGUAGACCCUCAAGGCCUGAGAACCAUUGGUGUAAUCACAAAACUGGAUUUGAUGGAUGAAGGAACUGAUGCAACAGAGAUUCUGGAGAACAAGUUGCUCCCUCUUCGUAGAGGGUAUAUUGGAGUUGUAAACAGAAGUCAGAAAGACAUUGAUGGGAAGAAGGAUAUUAAGGCAGCCAUGCUGGCAGAAAGGAAAUUCUUCCUUUCCCAUCCAGCUUACAGGCAUAUGGCAGACCGGAUGGGAACACCAUAUCUGCAGAAAGUUCUAAAUCAGCAACUCACCAAUCACAUUCGAGAUACACUGCCAGCCUUCAGGAGCAAACUUCAGAGCCAGCUGCUUUCUAUAGAGCAUGAAGUAGAGGCAUAUAAAAACUUUAAACCAGAAGAUCCGACUAGAAAGACUAAAGCCUUACUGCAGAUGGUUCAACAGUUCUCAGUGGACUUUGAAAAAAGAAUUGAAGGAUCAGGGGAUCAAGUUGACACAUUAGAACUAUCUGGUGGUGCCAAAAUCAAUCGUAUUUUCCAUGAGCGUUUUCCUUUUGAACUAGUAAAGAUGGAAUUCAAUGAGAAAGAACUGCGGAGAGAAAUAAGCUAUGCAAUCAAAAACAUACAUGGUAUCAGAACAGGUUUGUUUACUCCAGACAUGGCCUUUGAGGCUAUAGUUAAAAAACAGAUAGUGAAGCUGAAAGGGCCGUGCUUAAAAAGCGUGGAUCUGGUGAUGCAAGAGUUAAUCAACACUGUCAAGAAAUGCACUAAAAAGCUGGCGACCUAUCCAAGGCUAUGUGAGGAAACGGAAAGGAUUGUUGCUGGCCACAUUCGAGACAGGGAGGAGAAGACCAAGGAACAGGUACUGCUGCUAAUUGAUAUCCAGGUAUCUUACAUCAAUACCAACCAUGAAGACUUCAUUGGCUUUGCAAAUGCCCAACAACGAAGCAGUCAGGUUAACAAAAGUGCAGUUGGAAAUCAGGGAGCCAAUCUACCGCCUUCACGGCAAAUUGUGAUCCGGAAAGGCUGGCUCACCAUCAACAAUAUCGGCAUCAUGAAAGGGGGGUCCAAGGAAUACUGGUUUGUUCUGACAGCAGAAAGCUUGUCCUGGUAUAAAGAUGAUGAGGAAAAGGAAAAGAAGUACAUGCUUCCCUUGGACAACCUGAAAGUGCGGGAUGUUGAAAAAAGCUUCAUGUCUAGCAAACAUAUUUUUGCCUUGUUUAACACGGAGCAAAGGAAUGUUUACAAGGAUUAUCGCUUCCUUGAGCUGGCCUGUGAUGCCCAGGAGGAGAUGGAUAGCUGGAAGGCAUCCCUACUGCGAGCUGGUGUCUAUCCUGAUAAAUCCGCAGGGAACAACAGAAUGGAAAACGAUGAGAACAGCCAGGCAGACAAUUUCUCCAUGGACCCCCAACUGGAGAGGCAGGUGGAGACUAUUCGCAACCUUGUGGACUCCUACAUGUCUAUUAUCAAUAAGUGUAUUCGUGAUCUGAUACCAAAAACAGUCAUGCACCUUAUGAUCAACAACGUAAAAGAAUUCAUAAAUGCAGAGCUCCUGGCUCACUUGUAUUCCUCUGAGGACCAAAACACCUUGAUGGAGGAGUCAGCAGAACAGGCUCAGAGGCGAGAUGAGGGGCUUCGCCUGUACCAAGCCCUAAAAGAAGCACUGGCAAUCAUUGGAGAUAUUAGCACUAGCACUGUAUCUAUCCCUGCCCCACCUCCAGUUGAUGAUUCCUGGCUACAGCAAUCCCGCAGAUCACCCCCUCCAAGUCCUUCAACUCAGAGAAGGCCUACAUUAAAUAAUCCCCCAACCAGACCUUUAUCUGGCCGAGGACCUGCUCCAGCAGUCCCAUCACCAGGCCCUCUGUCUGGGGCUCCACCGGUCCCAUUCCGUCCAGGACCAUUACCUCCAUUUCCUAACAACAGUGAAGGCCUUGGGACGCCACCUCAGGUUCCAUCUCGGCCAACGCGGGCUCCUCCCAGUGUUCCAAGGCGAGUGGAUACAGAUGGCUUCUCCCGUCCAGACAGUCCAACGCACUUGCUUGAUAUGUGAUUUGUUCCAUGUUGCCGGCUGUUU